CCUUCCUGGCUCCAGCCCGGCAGAAGCUAAAGCUCAGAAGAGCUCCCAAUUGCAGGCAACUGCAGUGUCCAGCACCCACCAUGAGGCCUCUGGUCCUGCUAUGGGGCUGCCUGGUGCUCCCAGGUUAUGAAGCCCUGAAGGGUCCAAAGGAGAUCAGUGGAUUUGAAGGUGACACCGUGUCCCUGCGGUGUACCUACGUGGAGAAGAUGAAGGAGCACAGGAAGUAUUGGUGCCGGCAGGGUGGCAUCCUGGUGUCACGCUGCGGUGACAUUGUCUACGCAAAUCAGGACCAGGAGGUGACUCGAGGCAGGAUGUCCAUCCGAGACAGUCCCCAAGAGCUCUCGAUGACCGUGAUCAUGAGGGACCUUACCCUGAAGGAUUCAGGGAAGUACUGGUGUGGGAUUGACAGACUGGGCCGCGAUGAGUCUUUUGAGGUUACACUCAUUGUCUUUCCAGGAAAAAGGGACAAUGCUGUCCCUGCUGGCACCUGCUGUCCUUCUUCCCCCACCCCCUCCUUCCAGCCUCUUACACCUACAAGGAGCCUGCAGCCCAAGGCAAAAGCCUGGCAGACUCAGCUCCCAGAACCGACUUCUCCUGGUCUCCACCCGACAGUCGUCACGGCCAAACAGGGCAAGACAGGGGUCAAAGCCCCUGUAUUCACCGAGGUGGCCCCAGCCUGGUCUACAGGAACUUCCCAGGUCCCCCCAGGAAUCUCUCCAUAUGCUGGGAGCUCUCCUCACACAGCGACCCCAGCCCGAUCUGCAGGAACCUCCCAGGUUCCCCCAGGAAUCUCUCCAUAUGCUGGGAGGUCUCCUCACACAGCGACCUCUCCUCAUGCAGGGAGCUCCCGUCCAGUCGUCUGGCUGCCCCUUACCACGCCACAGGACUCCAGGGCUGUAGCCAGCAGUGUCUCCAAGCCCAGUGUGUCCAUCCCGAUGGUCCGCAUGAUGGCCCCAGUCCUGAUACUCUUGUCCCUGCUGUUGGCUGCAGGACUAAUUGCCUUUGGCAGCCACAUGCUCCGGUGGAGAAAGAAAGCUUGGCUGGCCACAGAGACACAGAAGAACGAGAAGGUCUACCUUGAAACCUCGCUGCCAGGGAACGGCUGGACCACUGAAGACUCGACGAUAGACCUUGCAGUGACUCCUGAAUGUCUCAGAAACCUCAACCCUUCUGCUGUGCCCUCUCCUGAGACACAGAACCUCAGUCAGUCUACAGAGGAGGAAGAGGCAGCUCGUUCCCUGGACGACGACAAGGAGGACGUGAUGGCACCCCCUCCCUUGCAGAUGUCUGCGGAGGAACUGGCCUUCUCUGAGUUCAUCUCUGUGUAAUUGCAGAAUGCCCCGUGGUCGGCCAGGGAUUGUGAAGCUGAACAGCUGAGUUCUCAUGAAUUCUUGGGUUCUACUCACAGUCCACGGCUCUGUCCACCUUCCUUCCGGCUCUCUUUCAUGCCCCAGAUGGAGAAGUGUCUUGGUCCCUGAAGCCCGGAUGGUACUUAACAAGUCCAGCCAGAGGCUGGAACCUCCCGCAUAUUCUAAUCCCUGGGAAGAGUUAAUGGGUGUGUGGGCCUUCAUCGGGGCCUGGCCAGGCUCCAUGGAUAAAGGCUGAGUUUGUGUGCGUUCCAGGAAAUUCCCUGGGCAUGGAUGCCCAGCAACAGUCCCACCUCCCAUCCUCGGAAGAUCCCACCUUCACCUCCCUCUAAUUCUUCUGCAUCAAUUGCUAUGGAGGAGACAACAUAUGUGUGUCUAUGAAACACCUGCAUCCUGGCCUCUUAGAAAAUAAUUAAAACAAAAUUCUGCAGACCCAUCAAGACUCACCAAACCAUCUCUAGGGCAGGGCCUGGGACUCCACAGUUCUGACAAGUGACCCUGCCAUUCCUACCCUUGGGUCUGAUGAAUCCUCAGCCCAUUUUAGCUAGAAUCUUCCUUCCUUCCUUCCUUCCUUCCUUCCUUCCUUCCUUCCUUUCCUUCCUUUCCUUCCUUUCCUUCCUUUCCUUACUUUCCUUCCUUUCUUCGUUCCUUCCUUCCUUCCCUGUGGGGUUUCCUAUAUGCUUCCUAGACCUAGAUCAUGACAGUACGGUCCCAGUAGGCACUUCCUGAUGCCUCUCUGGUCAGGCACACUAUGGUGACAGCCAGCCCAAGGCAGCCAGGGAUCAGCUGUCUCUCCAUCCUCCUUCCCCAAGGCCCUGUGUCCCUUGCUUUGGUAGGACACUGGAGGAAGUCUCGAUAUCAUUCCUGUCCAGAGUGGUUACUCCUCCAUGGGGUCUGGAGGCUGAGGGAGAGGAGGAGGAGGAGGAUACCAGAGUGGGAAGGGGGGCGGGGAAACAGAAGACACUAGACUCUAGUUACUAGAGGAGAAUACUAAAUCCAGUACUGUUGAGUGAGGGAAAGAUGGACUGGCUCAACUAUUUUUUUUCCUUUUUCUAUUUUGUUUUGAAAAGUAAGAUGUUGGGAAGGGAGGUGUUCAGAAUAUAAAACAGAAAUGUAGGGAGAAUACAAAAGAAGUGCUGUUUCUAGGAUCAUAUAUAACCUCACCAAACCUUGUUGACGGCUCUGCCUGAGCUUGCAGGACCCCCCUCCUUUCCCCUCCCCUUCCAGUAUUUGCAGAUGCUCCGUUUACAGAGGGGUCCUCUCACCAUGCACAGCCCACUACGCAUCACACGCUGUCUCGUCAUAAGCAUCCCUCCGUGUUCUACGAACUUUGUACAAUAAACUUUCUCAGCUGUGUAGUAUUUC